UCCCCUACCUCCGGUCACCAUCUUGGACUGUCUCCUGCCAUGAUUCCCGGGAAAUACCGCUCUGUUUCUGGCCGGACUACGAACAAUGUGAACUGUGGGCUUCAUCUGGUUAUUCAAACAUCAUCUCUUCCUGAAAAAAACAAAGUUGAAUUCAGGCUAAAUAAAGAAACACCAUCAUUCCCUGGUCGACUCUUACAACAUGACCUUGAAAGAAACUACUCAAGUAGGCAAGGAGAUGGAAGAGUAAUAAGCCCUUCGCCUCGUAAUAAAUCAGCAUGCAUCUCAUCCACCACAAACGUGACAGAAUUAUGUGGGCUGGACAUGAAAACUACCAUGAGCUCUUUAUCAGGAUUUGGAGAUUCUUCCAUUCAGACACCUUCAAAGUCCAGAAUCCGGCAGGGCUGUCAUAGUGCUGGCCCCAAUGUAUCUGGUGAUCAUAUUAAUUUGGUGAGCUCAUCAAUGCCAUCAUUUCCCAUUCUCCAACGUUCUUCAGAAGAGAAAAUUCUUUACUCAGACAGGUUGACCCUAGAAAGGCAAAAGCUGACUGUAUGUCCUGUCAUCGAUGGGGAAGACCACCUUCGUUUGUUAAACUUUCAACACAACUUUAUAACUCGAAUCCAAAAUAUUUCUAAUCUACAGAGGCUAAUAUUCUUGGAUUUAUAUGAUAACCAGAUUGAAGAAAUUAGUGGGCUUUCUACUCUCAGAUCCCUCCGUGUCCUUCUGUUGGGGAAAAACAGAAUCAAGAAAAUCUCAAAUCUGGAGAAUCUAAAAAGCUUAGAUGUAUUGGAUCUUCAUGGAAAUCAGAUUACCAAAAUCGAAAAUGUCAAUCAUUUGUGUGCUUUGAGAGUUUUAAACCUAGCCAGGAACCUUUUAAGCCACGUUGAUAAUCUUAAUGGGCUGGAUUCACUAACUGAACUUAACCUGCGGCACAAUCAAAUCACUUUUGUGAGAGAUGUGGAUAAUUUGCCCUGCCUCCAACGUCUGUUUCUCAGCUUCAACAAUAUAUCUAAUUUUGAGAGUGUCUGCUGCCUCGCUGACUCGGCGUCCCUCUCAGACAUCACUUUUGAUGGCAAUCCAAUAGCUCAAGAGUCAUGGUACAAACACACCAUCCUCCAGAAUAUGAUGCAGCUGCGCCAGCUCGACAUGAAGAGAGUCACGGAAGAAGAAAGGCGUAUGGCAUCUGUUGUAGCCAAAAAAGAGGAAGAGAAGAAGCGGGAAAGUCAUAAACAAUCUUUGCUUAAGGAGAAGAAAAGGUUAACAAUUAACAACGUAGCUCGAAAGUGGGACUUGCAACAACAUCGAGUAACCAGCAUUGCUACAAAUCAAGAUAGAAAAGAUUCCGACUCUCCUUCUCAGGACCCCUGUCAGAUGGAUGGAAAUGCCAUCUCUGCAUUUCCAGAGGACACAGGGUAUGCUGUGCUACUCCUUCCAGAUACUAAUCUUUGGAGAACUGAAUUCAAA